CUGUCGCCUUCCUACCAUGUCAUCCAACUCUGUCCCCUUGCUAACCUACGCGGCCGAGCUGCUGCAGAGCUACUCGCGCCUAAUCGUAUACUCUGGCGACAUCCUGCGCUCCCUGCCCGAGCCCCGCGAAGGCCUGAGCGCCGCCAACAUCAAACCGAAAAAGGACGAAAGCACCGCCUUCCUGCGCGAAUGGCAGCACCUGGAGGGCGUCUUUGACGAGUACAUAAUACGCCUCAACAAUAUCCGCACCCGGGCGCAUGAGGAGCUGGAGGCUGCGCGUGUGCGCUGCCUGGUCGGCGAGGACAUUGAUCUGACGCUGCCUGCUUCCGUAAUCAAGCUGACCAGUCGCCUGGAGGCGUUCAAGAAGCAGUACGAGGUCUUGCAGCACAUCACGGGUGGCGGGUCUAUCGAGGAUGCUGCUGGGGAUGAUGCUGAGGAAGUGGUGGAAACUGAGGAGUUGCCAGCCGAGCCAAUGAAUGUUAAAACAGAGGAGGCAGUGAAGGAGGAAGGGCCAGAUGAAGCGGAGGAGGAGGAUGACAAUGACUUUGAGGAAGCAGUCCUCCCAGCUUCAGAGGCUACCAACCCAGCAGCAGAGCCUGCGGUUGAAGCUAUCGAUAUCGGGUCAGACUCGCACAGCGACGCUAUUGCUGUUGAUUCAAGCUCGGAUGUCGACAAUGAUGCCGACAUGGAGGAGAUAUUCCAAUAAACGCUGUAUAUUCCAAAAAAAA